AUGGCGCCCGGACUUGUCGAUGUCCAACUUCAAGCCACCACUACAUCCAAACCCGUGCCGAACCUAAAGAGCGGCAAUAUCCACAACUACACUCCCGGCCAGUCAGAGGUUCAGAAAUACGAUGAGACAUAUGAGUACGAAGAUCUCCGCCCAUGGUUUCCAGACAUUACAUGGCCCGCCUACACAGAGAUCCCCUACACCGACAAAGGCCAACUAGGCGACCCAAACUUCAAGAACCUCCUAGCUUCGGCCACCGACGUCUUCGAUUACAACCCCAAAAUCGGCACUGAGGUUCACGGCGUUGAUCUAGCCAAUCUUACGGAUGUACAGAAGAACGAUCUUGCUCGGCUAAUCGCCACUCGCGGUGUAGUCUUCUUCCGGGACCAGAAGAACUUUGGCAUAGACGAGCAACGGGAAUUGGGCAAGUACUUUGGCGAGCUACACAAACACGCUACGACGGGAGUGCCCAAGCGACCCGGGCUGGAGGACGUACAUGUUAUAUUUACGGGGGAGAACAGUCCAGACCUCCGAGCACUGUUUACUCCUACUUUCCUCUGGCACUCUGAUGUAUCCUACGAACUCCAACCCCCAUCCUACACAUCCCUAAAAGUACUCACGGGCCCACCCCGCGGCGGCGGGGGUGACACACUUUGGUCUUCUCAAUACGCAGCCUAUGACAUGCUAUCCCCCCACAUGCAAAAGUACCUUGAAUCCCUCACCGCUCUACACUCCGCCGACCUGCAAGCACAAGGCACCCGCGACCUCGGCCGCACCGUUCGCCGCGAGCCCGUCACAACCGCGCACCCCUUAAUUCGAACCAACCCCGUCACAGGCUGGAAGUCACUCUACUUCAACCCCGGUUUUGUGACAAAGAUUAUCGGCGUCCCCAAGACGGAAUCCGACCACAUCAUCAGUUUUCUAAAUGAGAUUGUGGCCACAAGUCCAGAGGUGCAUGCGAGGUUCCAGUGGAGGGAGGGCGAUGUGGCGUUCUGGGACAAUCGCGUUACGAAUCACUCGGCUACGUAUGGAUUUGCGCCACACAGAAGACAUGCGGUUAGGGUGGCGGUGAGGGCCGAACGGCCGUAUUUGGAGAAGGGGAGUCGGUCGCAGGAGGAGGAGGUUAGUGAGCGGUUUGGGGUGCCGAGGGCGAAUAAGGAUGGGAGUGGGGUGGUGAAUUACAAUGAUUAGGUGAUGCAGUUGUAGGUAAACGAAUAGUAAUGAAUUGACGAAGACAGUGAACUAGACAUCUGCACUCUCCCUCACACUCGACCACACCCCUCAAAUAGGCAAUUGAUAUUUGAGCGUGUGUUUCUCUGCUUUCUGAAACAACAACUCUUCAAUGGCGAAUUUCCCCGUUGUUGUAAUCGACACCGCCACAAAACAACUGACGCGAUGUGGUGGCUAAUGCAGUCAGAAUGUCUAGUAAACCAUGGCUCCUAUACUUUGCACACUUGGCCAAUCGUCACAGCACAUUAAAUGGGUUACUCUCGAUCUUGAGUGUUCAUCUUUACAUUAUACAAACAAUAAACAGUAUCAGUGCGACAACAGCAUGCCAUCAUGCGCCUCUGAUGGCGUGCUCAAGCAUUCAACG